AUCUUUGUGGAUGAAAAUAUGUUAGCACCUUAGUCAUCAAUAAAUAAAUCUUUGAUUUGAAAGUUAUUUUAACGUGUUACUUGGAUGAAAAGGGCUUGGUUAUUUAGUAACUAUUGUCUACUAGAAAGGGGUUAUUAACACUUUCUAAUCUUAUCCUUCUCUGAAAUAUACUCAUUUCAUCUGCAGGACUUAAUAGGUCUUUAAUGUAGGGAUGAGGACGGUGCACACUAGAGAGGAGGGAAAGCGGGGGGAGGGGCGGCAAACAGAACGUGGGUGUGUGGCUAAUGUAGGCCAGCUUUGGUCGGGUUUAGAAGCAGAUAAAAAUGUAAGUUUGAAUUUAGUUCCUUUCACCAUAUAUUGCGUUGUCAUUCUUCAGCUACGGUUAUAAAGGCUUCCAAACCGCGGGACACAGUGCCAAACGCUAAAUAAACGCUAACUCUGGCAGAAGAAUUACAGUAACUGGGGACUUGCAACAAACUGAAUCGCAGUGUAGGAAAGGGGCAAGCUUGUUUCCGAGGGAACCUCUUACAGCUCACAGUGCGCGGAACACUAUACACUGCUUUCAGAAAAGUUACAUCAACUGAAAAGAACCAUCUUUUCAAAACACUCCGUGGUCCUCAAAUUCAGGAAGAAGGAAUCAGGGAAAAAGGGAUAGUGUAACCAUCUUGCGAUUCUUAGGAUCGAAUUCUACCCAAUCAGACUCCAAGUCCACAAACUCCUGUUUUUCUGGUCCAAUCAAGACGAAGAUAAGUCUAUAAAUAUGGCCGCUAGGCGCCUGCAAGCCAAAGGCGUAUAAAACAUGGCUCGCACGAAGCAGACCGCCCGCAAGUCCACCGGCGGCAAGGCCCCGCGCAAGCAGCUGGCCACCAAGGCCGCCCGCAAGAGCGCGCCGGCCACGGGCGGCGUGAAGAAGCCGCACCGCUACCGGCCCGGCACCGUGGCGCUGCGCGAGAUCCGGCGCUACCAGAAGUCGACCGAGCUGCUGAUCCGCAAGCUGCCGUUCCAGCGCCUGGUGCGCGAGAUCGCGCAGGACUUCAAGACCGACCUGCGUUUCCAGAGCUCGGCCGUCAUGGCGCUGCAGGAGGCGAGCGAGGCCUACCUGGUGGGGCUGUUCGAGGACACGAACCUGUGCGCCAUCCACGCCAAGCGCGUCACCAUCAUGCCCAAGGACAUCCAGCUGGCCCGCCGCAUCCGCGGGGAGCGGGCCUGAACUGCCUUUCCAGAAAGUCGACUUAAAAAGGCUCUUUUCAGAGCCACCUA